AAUGUGGCAGCAGCAGCAGAGAAGCAGCAGCAGCUUCAUCUUCUUCUGACUGAGAGUCUGUGACCUGGAUCUUUAACAUCUGCAAACAUGGUCGAUGCUUUCUGCGCCUCGUGGAAACUGGUGGACAGCCACAACUUUGACGAGUACAUGAAGUCUCUGGGUGUUGGUUUUGCCACAAGACAAGUUGGCAACGUGACCAAGCCGACGGUGGUGAUCAGCCAGGACGGAGACAAAGUGGUGUUGAAGACCCUGAGCACCUUCAGGAACACCGAGGUCUCCUCCAAGCUGGGAGAGGAGUUCGACGAGACCACGCCUGACGACCGCCACGUCAAAUCGACCUUCACCAUGGACGGAGACAAACUUGUGCAGGUGCAGAAGUGGGACGGGAAAGAGACCAAGUUUGUGAGAGAAAUCAAGGACGGGAAGAUGGUGAUGACGUUGACCUUUGAGGGAGUCCAGGCCGUCCGCACGUAUGAGAAAGCCUAAACUUCACCCUGCAGUCGAAAGAGCAAAUCAUCCCCCGAUCAACAAGGUGUUCACCUGUUUUUUUUAUUAAAAAGAAAAACUUUGUUCUUAUUGCGUAUGCCGUGAUUUGCACUUCACUUGUUUUUUUUUUAACAUGUGAUCCAUAUUUUGGGGGAAAUCUUUUCCGGGGCCUUUUGUAAGAAAUUCAGACUGUGAAGGGAAAACAAAUAAACUUCUAGACUAAACGAU